CGCACUGUGUCAGCUGACGUUGAAGACUUGCGUCGAAAAAUGGACCUGGAAAUAGAGAAUGUCAUUAAAGUAAUAUUUCCUGACGGUAUGCCAGACAACUGGAAAGAAAACCCUGACUUUGUGUUGUAUCUUACAAAGUUGGGAUCUUUUGGAGUUGAACAAUUAACUAAAGAGCCAGACAGGUUGAAUGAAGAGAAAUCAUUGGCACUGGAACAAACACAGGAACUUGCAUUUACAAAUUAUAAGACUUUCAUACAGACUGCAGAGUGUUCCAGGGAGAUUUUCAAACAGUUCAAUAAUACUGAACAAAGGUUGGAUUCAUUGAUGACGAAGUUGCCAGAAUUUGCACAGCAAUGUCAGAACUUCAGCAAAGCAUCAAGUGAUAUAAACACUCACAGACGCCUGAACUCCCUGACUCUUACAAGAAAUGCACAGCUUCUAGAGAUUUUGGAGCUUCCACAGCUUAUGGACACCUGCAUCAGGAAUGGGAACUAUGAAGAAGCACUGCAGUUAGCUGCGUACGUCAGAAAGCUCGGCAACAAGCAUGGACAGAUACCGAUUAUUGCUAGCAUAGUGAAGGAUGUGGAAGGAGCAUGGCUGUCAAUGCUUCACCAAUUGUUGGCACAGCUUCGAACAGACCUCCAGUUACCGAGGUGCCUACAAGUGGUGGGCUACCUCCGCCGCAUGGAGCUGUUCUCUGAAGCUGAGCUGCGACUGAAAUUCCUCCAGGCUAGAGACACAUGGCUUCAGAACUUGCUUUCAGCUAUACCAAAAGAGGAUGCAAAUCACCACCUGAGUAAAACCAUUGAACUAUCACGAAUUCAUUUAUUCAACAUUGUGACACAAUACAGAGCAAUAUUCAGUGAUGAUGACCCAAUUCUGCCUUUAGCAAAGGACCAGAAUAUCAAUGGAAGUGCAAUAUUCUAUAGUUGGAUAACUGAAAAGGUCACCCAGUUCCUGACUACCCUGGAACAGGACUUGAAUAGAGGAGUUGGUAGCUCCCUGGACUCUAUAGUUGGUCAGUGUAUGUACUUUGGGCUUUCAUUCAGUCGAGUCGGAGCAGAUUUUCGAGGUCUCCUAGCACCCAUUUUUAUUAGAACUGUAUCACAGAAUUUUGAGCAUGCAGUACGUAAAGCCAGCAAGAAGUUUGAGCAGGAUAUGGAAAAUUUUACUUUGCCAAAACUGCCUCAGCCUAGUUUACCAAAGAGUGUGCCAUCAUCAGAGUCUGCAAAGCAGGAACACCACCCUCCUCAGUGCUUGCUGGAGUUCCACCCAUUGGCUGACUUCUGCAACGGAAUCUUAAUUGCAUUUAAUGAACUCCGACUGUGUGCUCCCAUAGCAGUUGCAGAUAACGUCACUAACCAGUUGAAAGAGUCACUGAGUGGAGCUGCUAGCUGCACUUUGGCCUUUUAUCGACAAGAACAACAAGCGCUGACACAAGUAGAGAAGGAUAAUUUUACACGAUUCUGUGCCUACUUUGCAGGAGAACUGCUCCCCUAUAUACAGAAAUGUCUUCAUGCUGUGUUCCCACCAAUAGUUAUUGCAUCUCAUCUCGGAGUGACUGUUCAGCAUUUGCAAAAACAGGGUUUGGCAUAUUUUGACCAGGAUGCAAUACUGGAUCCCAUGAGCCACUUGCUUCCUGUGAAGGUGGAACCACUGCCCUUGCCCAUCUCAUCACCUCAUGGUAUUUCUGGGUUUCAAAAGGAUUCCAGCCAGUCUGACAACGCAGCUAUCAUGCCCACUGUCUCUGAACAAACAUCACAUGGUGAACAGGAUGCACCACCAACUGUAACAUCAGCUGGCUUUUCAAAUACACAAGCUGUAAAUCAGUUGCAAGAGUCUGUGGAAAAUCUACUUUCUCAGGCAGAAGGAUAACCCAAACAAGAUCACAGCUUAGGAAUCACCUGCAUUAUCAGUUUCAUCCCUCACUGUUCAUUGUAUGGAGGGGAGACUGUGAACUACCUUUAUGAUUACAGCGGUCUGGAGCAUGAUGCCGUGCAGUUUGGUAGAUAGAAGGAACCUUCCUUCUUCGUUUUCAGGGUACAAAUAUAAACAUCAGAACACCUCUCUUCCAAACUAUGUGGUGUUACAUCCCAGGAGACUGUAAUCUUAAUGCUCAACAUCAUAAAAUUUCAAGUACCUUUCAAAUUCAGAAUCAAAACCCUGCAGUCUUGAGUUGCAUCAUUAUAUCAGUACAGACUGAUUAUCUGCUUAUAUAAAACUUAGGACCGUUUGUCUGCUAUGGUCACUUCUAUUUAGGCCACCUAAAACUGAGGUCCCUAGCACUCAACUUGAAGCAAAUGAAUGCUGCUUCCACAGGACUUCUGUUACAGGAUAACUAAAUACUAAACACUGUAGAGAACAAAAGAUUCCCAUUUGUACUUUGGAAGCAUUUAUGCUUUCUUCAUGACUAUAUCACCUUUAUAUGUAAACUAGAACGUGUAGGAUUUGAGGUUCUCACAGCAGUGGUUAUGAAGAGUUCUGUCUUCUGGGAUAUAAGACCAUGCAAUCCAU